CACGCAGAGUCUCUGAAUGAGAACUUGAAACUCUGGCUGCCUGGCAACCUCUUUUUGUUGUAUCAAAUGCUGCAUGCUGAGCUGGCUUAAUUUUUUGACCAAACACAGCAAUUUGAACUCUUCGCCAUCUACUUCGUCAUCAUGGCUAAAUCACAGCCACUCUGAAGUAAAAUAAAGUAUACUGUACAUACAGUAUAUAUCCACAAUGAAUCUUCCUGAGCCUUUGGACAGUACCAUGUCUGUUGACCUUAGAAGAAAGCUGCUUUUUUCUGUGAGUCAAAACCUAAUCUCAAGCCGGAGUUGUGGACCCAUCCCACCACAUCCAGCAGUUCCCCUUGAUCCAUGGUGCAUCAAAGCCCCUGACUUCACCCCAAAACUGUACACAUCCUUGUGCUUGCCACGAAUCAAGACCAAAAACAUCCACCUGGUUAAAGCAAACGAUAGUGUGGAUGAAAAAUCAUUCAUUCUGGAAAAGAUGAACGAUAUAUUACCUGGACUUGAGAAAAGUAGACGUAAAGAACGACCGUUUAUCACAUUCUACAAACCACCAGACUAUCUACAGACUAAACUGCUGUUUGUGAGAGGAGGGACGUAUCCAGUGGGACCUUACAAAAAUCCAAAACCUCACAACUUCAGACCUUGUGAAGAGGGAAUGCCAGACAUGGUGACUUCUUUAGAAAAGGAUCCAGGCUGCAUGAAGUCACAGUGCUUAAAAACAGUCAUUGACAGCUAUGUUUUGUUCUGUUCUUGUUAAGGGUUGUAGGGUUUGUGAAUGGAUGUAUUGGAAAAUUUCUUAACAAAUCCUCAAACAAAAUGAUUAUUGUUGUAUUAUUAAAUGUAUUAAAUUUUGAUAAUUUUUAUAGGGCUAAUCACAAUCUUUUCUUACUGGGAUAUUCAGAAAAAAAUCCUUAACAUUAAGCCCUGUAUAAGUCUAAAAUUUAAUUCAUAAUGGUCUUACAAUGUCUUAAAAAGUCUUAAAUUUAACUUGGUGAAACCUGCAGAAACCCUGGAUAUGCUAUGCUAUAAUGGCUUUUAACAGUACAAUGAUUACUUAUGAUAAUUUAUCAAAGAAGUAUUUAUAAGUAACCAACUUUACCUGAAAGUCUCAUUUUAUUUGUCAUAUAUUCCACAAUCAUUUAUGCUUUUAGAAACAUGCAAUAAUUACAUAAUUUAAUUUCCAUUUAAAACCCACCAUAUGCCUAUGUAUGAAC